AUGGGCAAGAGUCCAUGCUGCUCGAAGAAAGGACUGAAAACAGGGGCUUGGACUGCUUUAGAAGAUAAACUACUCACAGCCUACAUUAAAGUUCAUGGAGAAGGCAGAUGGAGAUACCUCCCAAAGAGAGCAGGUUUGAAUAGAUGCGGAAAGAGUUGCAGACUAAGAUGGCUAAAUUAUCUUAGACCGGACAUCAAGAGGGGAAACAUAUCUCAGGAUGAAGAGGAUCUCAUUAUUAGACUCCACAAGCUCCUUGGCAACAGAUGGUCUUUAAUAGCUGGAAGGCUCCCAGGACGAACUGACAAUGAAAUCAAGAACUACUGGAAUACUGUUUUGAAGAGGAAAGUUGAAGCUCUAUCAUCUUCAUCAUCACCAUCCGAACACAUAUCUGCAUGCAAAUCUACAAUUAAAAGGCAAGCCAAUGAGCUGAACACCCCCGAGCCACCGGCUGUUGCCACUCAACCACUGCAAGUCAUCCAAAUCAAGCCCACAAUGUGCACCAAAGUUGCAGUACCACCAGUACUACAAUGCCCAACUGAUGAUCAUGACAACUAUAACUCUAUGAACCCCGGAGUAAUAAAUUCAACAAAAGUACUUCCAGUUCAUCAAGUGUAUUUCAACAACUUAGAUGUGGACAAUGGGAAUGAAGAGCAUCCUGUGUUGGGUUUUUGCGACUCAAAGUUCUUGAAUUUUGAACAGAGUGAUCCUCAAGCUACCGCCACUAACUUGUCCAUUGGUUCUGACCAUUCCCUCAUAUUAGAUCAACCAAUAUUUGGGGAAGAUUGGAUCACAAACUUGUGUGAUGGGGAUAAUACCACUUCAGAUAUAGGAUCUUUGGAAUUUGUGCUUAAUUCUGAGGAAUGGCCAUGA